AUGGGAUAAAGCCCUCUAAAAGGUGUACCUGUAUCAACUAAUUAAUCUAUUUAGAUUUAAUUACCAAAAAAAUCUUUUACCUCUAAUGAAUCUAUUAAAGGAACUGUCAAUAUCAAUUUAGAGAGGCCUUUCUAAGGAUAAUUUUUAUAAUUGACUCUCUAUGGAAUUGAAGAGAUACAUUUCAACUAUGGUGCUUUUGCUGAAGGUCAUAAAACAAGAACAAUACUCUAUGUUAAUGAGAUUAACCGUUUUCUAAAAUUUUCUAUCCCUCUAUAUGAUUUUUCUAAUGGAUCUAAUUCUUCGAAUUUUAUAAUUUAACCUCGUUAAGCAGUAAUUCCUUUUUAAUUAGAUGUUGCCUAAGUAUUGCCAUCAUCAUUAACAUAUAAAUUAGAUUAAUAUAAUUAUUGUUCAAUAAAAUACAUUUUAUAAGCUGAACUGCUACCAUCACAAGCGUAAGAGGAACCAAUUAGCUCUUUUUAAAAUAUAGCAAUCAAGUAAAUAGUUUCAACUGAAGAUUACCCUAAAUAAGCAGAUGCAAUUUAAUCGCCUAGUAUUUGUUUUGGUCUUUGUUGCGGAACAGGAAAAAUAAAAUACAAAAUGACAACAGAUUCAAGAUCAUUUUCUCCAGGCGAAUAACUACAUGUUAAUUUUGAUAUAGAUAUAAGUUAAUUUAAAAAGAAAAUCUUGCAUUUUAAUGUAUAAUUUUAAGGAAGAUUAUUCAUGAAUUCAAAGAAAGAUUAAGAGUAAAAAUAAUUUAUCAAUCAUUUUGAAUCUAAAGAUAUAAAACCUAUAAGUCUAAAAACUUAAAAUUCCACCUCAAUUAAUCUUCCAAUUUAAUUUUAAAUACCUGAAGGUAUUAACUUAACUAGCAAUGGUUUUCUAUUUAACCAAGAGUAUAAUAUAAUUGUUGUUCCUAUAAUAGAUUCUUUUUGGUAUGUCAGUGAUGAUGCUGCAGUAGGUGUAGAAAUUUUUAUUAAUCCUAAGCUAAGCUAAAAUCGAGAUUAAUAAAUUCCUCCGCUAGAGUAGCUAUCUUGCUUUAAAAAUUGGAGUCCAGUUGAGUUGCAACCAACUUAGUUUAACAAAUUUUAAAUGCUUAAUUAUUAAUUACACAAAUAGAAUUUUUUCUCUCAAUAAGAAUUUAAUGUUAAUAAAGAAUUAUAAGUUUAGGGCAUGCAUACUGUUAGUAAUUUUAUUGAUAACUAAGAUUAUGAAUAAAAAAUGCUAAAAGAAAAUAUGAAAUAACUAGACUAAGGAUAGAAUAAUACUUAAUAGCAAAUUGAAACUAAAUAAAAAUUAGAAACUUAAUAAUAAUUAAAUACCAUUUAACAAUUUGAAACAUAAGGUAUUUAACUUGAUAUUUAACCAAUGAUGUAAAAUCAAAAUCAAAGAUAAUGCCGAUGA